AUGCCGCCGUACGUGGCGCAGCAGACACGAAACAUCCUCAUCAUCGGUUCGACGGGCGUGAUAGGAACAUACAUCACCCGAGCAAUUGUGGAUGCCCGAGAAAACUUUGAACGAAUAUGCGUCUUGACAAGUGAAAAGACUCUGGUCCAGAAGGUCCAAGAUAUCGCCGCAUUGGAGGCCUGGGGCGUGGAAAUUUUCACCGGCCGGUUGGAAAGUGAAUCUGCCUUCAAGAGAGCAUGCGACGGAAUUGACACCAUUGUGUCUUGUGUUGGCCGUGGAGGCAUUGAGAAACAAAUCAAUCUGAUCACCUGGGCAGAACAGGCGGGAGUUCGCCGAUUCUUCACCUCCGAAUACGGCACCGACAUCGAAUACUGGCCCGAGUCGGCAAAGGAACCCCCCCACCAACUCAAGUUAAAAGUUCGAGCACAUAUGAAGACGAUGAAGAAAAUAGAACACACCUAUCUGGUGACGGGGCCCUAUAGCGACCUCUAUUUCGGGCCCAUGAAGGCAAGGCCAGAAAUAGGUGAAUUCGACGUCAAGGCCAAGAAGGCGGUCCUCCUGGGAGAUGGAGAUGGGCCAGUCAGUUUCACGGCCAUGGCUGAUGUGGGAAAAUUUGUCGUGGCGGCUCUCAUCAACACUUCGGCGUCAAGAAAUACCACCCUGAUUGUACAUUCGUUCACUGCCACGCCACACCAGAUCCUGGCUGAGUACGAAAAACAAACCAAGGGCACCUGGGAGAAAUCGUACACCUCUCUGGAGCGGUUAAAAGAGAUCGAGAAAGAAGAGUAUCAAGUCUACUCCGCUCUGGCGACGGUGGUGACAUUGAGGAGGAUUUGGACGGAAGGAGGGACACUGUACAAAUACUACGACGAGACGAUUUUGGGCCAAAUAGAAACCGAGACCCUGGAGAGUCAGGUUGCGGCGAAUGUCAAGAAACAGGAAGAAGGAGAAGGCAACUUCCCCAGUUUACUGAGGAAGUUAAGUCUCACCUGA